UUUUCAUUUCAAGAGCGGAGACUGAAGAGAGCGUAGUGCUUCAGGCUUCUCUUCCUCCAAGACUCACUUCUUCUGCAGAGACCUCGGGAGCUGGAUCACUCGAGUUCGAUUUCAGGUGAGCACGCAAGCUGUGGUUUCUUCGAAUCCAAGCUCCCUUCCCAGUCUUUCUUCUUCUCCGUUUAUUUGCUCUCUCUGAUGGUCCACAAGAUAGGAGAGCCAUAGCUCGUGUGUCAGUGUGUGGAGCUGAACCUUCGAUCAUCUCUUUGCUCCUUAUGUGUGUGUGUGUGUGUGUGUGUUGAUAAUCAUUUGAUCAGCUCUAAUUUUAGAUCCGUUUACCAAUUCUUGGUUUCUUCAUUCUGUGGGGACUGAAGUUCUUAUGAUCUUCCCUCAAAAUUCAGAAAAAAAACCUUCUUGGUUUCUUCUUUUAUGGUUCUUAUUAUUAUGUGGUGUUGGGUUGGUCAGCAGCUCUUAGAAUUAGCCUCCAGAUUUUAUGAAAGCAAACGUGGACAUGCUUAUGUGCAUCCUGUUUCUAAUUCAGUGUCACAUAUAUUUAGCAGCGGCGAUACACUUUAUUUCCUGUCUAAUAAAGAUUCAGGCUCUUGUUAGUUUGUUUGAGCACAAUAAAUAAAUGGAAGAAAGAAGAUAUCUAGUACUAAUUGAUCUUCUCCUUCAAAGGACCGAAGAUGUCAAUUGCAGUACUAAUUAGCAAUGAAUCACUUGCCUUACGUUAUGCCUUUCCUUCCUUUUAUGUAUCUGUUACAACUUUCUGAACCUGCCUUGAACAAACAACAAAGUACUAUUUUUCCUUCUGGAGUCAAAGCAGGGGACGCGCGGUUGAUGGCGCCUCUGGAGUCAGGUUCUUCACAGCUCUUCUUCAACAGCAAUGUCAUCGACAACACUUUCGAUAUCUAUGAGUGCAAUAGCAUGGUGGGCACUGAAGCUGUGCCAGAUCAUAGCCGGUUUUCUCGGCCUCUGUGCACUAAUAAUGUCCCUGAUCCACCUCCAUUGCCUGGAACUUCUUAUGGCAAACAGAGAACUUCUAGGAAUGUGAAGGCUUGUUGUAUUCAUGUCCCUGAAGAGGUCCAGGACUACUGGAACAAGAUGUUCUCAGAAGGGUAUCAAGCUGAUGUUUCUAUCUCGACAGAUGAUGGAACCAAGAUUUUAUCACAUUCAUGCAUCCUUGGCAUCAGAUCUCCUGUUCUAAGAAACAUGCUGGAAGAAGCUACAGUACAAAAUGGUUUCAGACAUAUCCUGAUUCCUGGUGUACCAUCAGAAGCGGUCCAUGUCUUCAUCAGAUACCUAUAUUCUUCACGUUUCAAGCAGGAUGAGAUGAAGAAAUAUGCUCUUCACUUGCUUGUACUCUCUCACGCUUUCUCGGUACCAUCCCUGAAGAUUGUCUGCACCGACCAACUUGAGAGAUUUUUUCUUGCUCCUGAUAACGUGGUAGACAUGCUACAACUGGCUAGACUAUGUGAUGCACCAAGGCUCUCGCUCGUCUGUACCCGUAUGAUCGUUGGAGAUUUCAAGACUAUCUCUCUGUCGGAAGGGUGGAAGGUGAUGAGACAGAUCAACCCAUGCCUAGAACAAGAGCUUCUUGAGUCUCUUGUUGAAGUGGAUACAAGAAGGCAAGAAAGAACUAAAAGGAUGGAGGAGAAGAAGGUUUAUCUCCAACUACAUGAAGCUAUGGUAGCCCUUGUUCAUAUAUGCCGAGACGGAUGUAGGACAAUUGGUCCCUGGGAUCAAAAACUCAAGGGCAGUCAAGCUGCUUGCAAGUUUCCUGCCUGCAAGGGUGUUGAGCUGCUCGUGCGCCAUUUCGCAGCAUGCAAAAUGCGGGUGCCUGGUGGCUGCGCCAACUGCAAGCGCAUAUGGCAACUUCUUGAGCUGCAUUCUUGCAUGUGUCCCACAACAGACAGCUGCAGGGUUCCUCUAUGCAGGCAUUUUAGAAUGAAGAUGCAACAGCUGGGGAAGAAAGAAAAGAUAAAAUGGGACCUUUUGGCGUGUAAGGUGCUAGAGAGCAAAGGAACAAUCAGUUCCAUCCCAACAAGGAGAAAGCUAACAUCCAAGGCAGUUGGAAGUUGCCGUGUAGUUUGACAGCGAAUAUGUUCCUUCGGACAUCUGAGCAUGUGAAUCAUUGACUAAGCUGGCUACACUAAGUACUACUGUGAACCAUUUUAGUGCUUAGUAGCGGCUUCCAGUGGAGGAGCAGAGCUGAAUUCAGACAAUGGUGUCUCAAUGGUCAUGAUGGCAAGUUUUUGGCAAGAGGAGCAGUUGCGGAAAUCCUAGCAGGUCGAAAGACAUGAUGUGUUAACUUGCCACUUCCGGGGUACAUGCAUAUAAAUCGAAGUUUGAUUGUACUAUACUAGCAUGCAGAACAUAGAAGAAUUAGAGAGUGAGACAAAAAAAAACUUGAGAAUUUGUCCACGGGGACUAACCAUGAUA